AUGGAUCGAAAGUAUCAGAGAGUCGAGAUGGGGGCGGGAGCGUUUCACCAUCCCCCAAGAGCCAAAUACAGCGAGGAGACGAAGAGUUUAAUAAAACUUUUGAUGGAAGAAUCGAAGGUGACCAUGAUGCAAAGGAAAUCUAUUCAAGAAGCAAUCGAUAGAGGGGAGUCCUUGCCACUUCCCAUGGAAAGAUCGAGCGGGAAACUAAAUAAUCAUGAUUCCGAGUAUCAAGUCAUGAUGCCUACUGUUUGGAAAAGACGGACCAAAGAUAUGAUCGUUAAAAGCGGAGCGUACGAGAGAGAACAGUAUAGGAGAACAUUUCCUUUACCCAACAAGGAGAAACAGAAGCGUCAUUUAGCAUGCAUAAUGGCGUAUGGGAAAGAUAUGCCGGAAACACCCCAUGGUCCAAAGGUUCUCCACAAAGUGAAACGAGAAUCAUGUUUGCCUGAUAAAUUUGAUCCUGUUGACGAUCUGGUACGGGGGAUUCAAGAAAGAAUGGAAUUUUUAAGCGAUAUGAAAUGCCUAGGGAUGGAAAAGAAAUAUCGUCCUAUUAUGCAACAAGAAAUAGCGCAUAAAUUGCGUAUACUUGAAUCACUAGAUAAACAAAAGACUAAAGAAAUUCGGAAAGAGAUGAGGAGUCUUGAGAAACCGUUACCAAAACCACUCUCAUCUGGGCAAUUUGAUGAAAAUUAA